CUUAACGUAUGUACAUGUUGUAUACAAUACUAACCAGUAGCAUAUUGCUACGACACAUCAUGGACGUUAACAAAGGCUUUAGUAGAUGAUUACUAAGAUUCUAGGAAGACGAAGCUAACCCGAAAAAAUGAGCGUGGAUUUGGCAGUGUACCGUUCACGAGUCGGUCAGUUUGUGCCUCGACCAGUGAAGGGUAUUGUGUCAAACAUUGACUACCUGUGUAAAGCUAUCGCCAGUGUUCGGGGCGGCCUGAUACGACAAGAUGGAUUGAACAGCAAAGGGGCUGUUACAUUCAUUGAUCUCCUCCUGCGUGCACACGGGAUUGAACCAAACCCAGGGCCAGGAAAGAGAGGUCAACGGUCGGUUCCAGACGAGCCUGAAGAAAAUGAUGACGUCAGCAUACAUCUAGACAGUAACGUUACCCUAAAUAGUGCGGAUAGGAUCAGUCGGGUUAUGGACUUUUUUUCUACCUGUCAGCAAUCCUUCCGAUACAGAAAGUACUCACACAGACGAGUACGCAGGCGCAGUAGCAAUACCUGGACCUUCUUCCGGAGCAAUUGCCAAAACAACCAUUGUACCUCAAGGUAA